CCCCGCCUUGCCUUUAUUAUCCCCUAUCCGCUCUCCUCCAUUUGAGUAGCUUCUCUUCACCUCCUCCUCUAACUCCUUCCUCAUGCCAUCGGAUCAAUGCUCCGAACCAGAUUCUCUCUUCCAUCAACAUAGCGAACAACUCAACUCCAAUUUAUCCCAAAUCAACCUUCAACAAUUCCAAACCCUAAUUCUCUCCGCCGAAUCCCUUCUCCGCCAAAAAGACGCCCAAUCAAACCACCUCCGGCUUCAAAACCUCGCGUUACAACACAAGCUCUGCUCUCUUACACUCCAAAACCAACAUCUAUUCUCCAUCGCUCGCCGGAGCGAAGCCAUGGCUUCCGCUCUCAGAGUUAAUCUCCAGACCGUUAUAACGCAGAGCGAGAUGGCGGCGAGGGAGAGAGAAGGGUUUGGAGAUAGCGCGGAGAUCAUCGGAGAAGAAGAAUACUCUUGUUGCGGAGGAGGUGGGGGAAUGGAAAAGGAAGCUUCUAGAUUCAAGUGUAGGGUUUGUGGAGAAAGAGAAGUUUCGGUUAUGUUGAUUCCCUGCAACCAUCUCUGCCUCUGUGGAGAGUGUGAGGGGAUUGUGGGAGAAUGCCCCUGUUGCCGGCGAGCUAAGAGGGGUGGGCUGAGGGUUUUAAUGUAA